AGAUGCAAGGCCUGAACCCCACUUUUCUGUGGGCGCUGCUGGAGCUCUGGUUGUGUUCCCUAGGCUCCAACCAAGCAUUGCAGUGUCGAGAUGGCUACGAGCCCUGUGUCAAUGAAGGAUUAUGCGUCACUUUUCACAAUGGCACCGGAUAUUGCAAGUGCCCAGAGGGCUUCUUGGGAGAAUAUUGUCAACAUCGAGACCCCUGUGAGAAGGAUCGCUGCCAGAAUGGUGGGACAUGUGUCCCCCAGGCAUUGCUAGGGAAAGCCACAUGUCGAUGUGCCCCGGGAUUCACAGGAGAGAACUGCCAGUACUCUACCUCUCACCCCUGCUUUGUGUCUCGUCCCUGCCUGAAUGGAGGCACUUGCCAAAUGCUUAGCCGAGAUGCCUACGAGUGCACCUGCCAAGUUGGUUUUACAGGUAAGCAGUGCCAAUGGACUGAUGCUUGCCUGUCUCAACCCUGCACAAAUGGCAGUACCUGUAUCACUGUGGCCAACCAGUUCUCCUGCAUAUGCCCAGAAGGCUUCACAGGACAGAAGUGUGACAUUGACAUCAACGAGUGUGAAGUUCCAGGACAGUGCGAGCAUGGCGGCACCUGCCUCAACCUGCCAGGUUCCUACCAAUGCCAGUGCCCCCAGGGAUUCACAGGCGAGCACUGUGACAGCCCCUAUGUGCCCUGCGCACCUUCCCCUUGUGCCAACGGAGGCACCUGCCGACAGACUGGUGACUUCACUUUUGAAUGCAACUGUCUUCCAGGGUUUGAAGGAACUACUUGUGAGAGGAAUAUUGAUGACUGCCCGAACCACAAGUGUCAGAAUGGAGGAGUCUGUGUAGAUGGAGUCAAUACUUACAACUGCCGCUGUCCUCCUCAGUGGACAGGACAGUUCUGCACAGAAGACGUGGAUGAGUGCCUGCUGCAACCCAACGCCUGCCAGAAUGGGGGAACCUGUACCAACAGUAAUGGCAACUAUCGUUGUGUGUGCGUCAACGGCUGGACAGGAGCUGACUGCAGUGAGAACAUUGAUGACUGCGCCUCUGCCUCCUGUACUCAGGGUUCUACCUGCAUUGACCGCGUGGCCUCCUUCUCUUGCUUGUGCCCAGAAGGAAAAGCAGGUCUCCUAUGUCAUCUGAAUGAUGCGUGUAUCAGCAAUCCUUGCCACAAGGGGGCACUCUGUGACACCAACCCUCUGAAUGGGCAAUAUAUUUGCACCUGUCCCCAAGGCUACAAAGGGGCUGAUUGUACAGAAGAUGUGGAUGAAUGUGCCAUGGCCAACAGCAAUCCUUGUGAGCAUGCAGGAAAGUGUGUGAACACAGAUGGCUCUUUCUACUGUGCAUGUCUGAAGGGCUAUACAGGGCCACGGUGUGAUACGGACAUCAACGAGUGCCAUUCGGACCCUUGCCAGAACGAUGCCACGUGUCUGGAUAAGAUCGGAGGCUUUACAUGUCUUUGCAUGCCAGGUUUUAACGGUGUGCAUUGUGAACUGGAGAUCAAUGAAUGUCAAAGCAACCCUUGUGUAAACAACGGGCAGUGUGUAGACAAGGUCAAUCGCUUCCAGUGUCUGUGUCCUCCUGGUUUCACGGGGCCAGUUUGCCAGAUUGAUAUCGAUGACUGCUCCAGUACUCCAUGUCUGAACGGGGCUAAAUGCAUUGAUCACCCAAAUGGCUAUGAAUGUCAGUGUGCCACCGGCUUCACUGGUGUGCUAUGUGAGGAAAACAUUGACAAUUGUGAUCCUGAUCCCUGCCACCAUGGCCAGUGCCAGGAUGGUAUUGAUUCCUAUUCCUGCAUCUGCAACCCGGGGUACAUGGGAGCUAUCUGCAGUGACCAGAUAGAUGAAUGUUACAGCAGCCCCUGCUUGAAUGACGGUCGCUGCAUUGACCUGGUGAAUGGCUACCAAUGCAACUGCCUGCCCGGCACUUCUGGUGUUAAUUGUGAAAUCAAUUUUGAUGACUGCGCAAGUAACCCUUGUGUCAACGGAAUCUGCUUGGAUGGUGUCAAUCGUUACAGUUGUGUCUGUUCACAGGGAUUCACAGGGCAGAGAUGUAACAUUGACAUUGAUGAGUGCGCCUCCAAUCCCUGUCGCAAGGGUGCGUCAUGUAUCAAUAUUGUCAAUGGCUUCCAGUGUGUGUGCCCAGCAGGUCUCAAUCACCCCAGCUGCUACUCACAAGUGAACGAGUGUCUGAGUAAUCCCUGCAUCCACGGAAACUGUACUGGGGUUAUCAGUGGGUACAAAUGCAUCUGUGAUGCAGGUUGGAUGGGUGUGAACUGUGAAGUGGAUAAAAAUGAGUGCCAGUCCAAUCCAUGCCAGAAUGGAGGAACUUGUAAGAAUCUAGUGAAUGGCUACAAGUGUACCUGCAAGAAGGGCUUUAAAGGUGUUAACUGUCAGAUCAAUAUUGAUGAAUGUGCUUCAAAUCCAUGCCUAAACCAGGGAACCUGCAUUGAUAACAUAAGUGGCUACACAUGCCAUUGUGUGCUGCCAUACACAGGCAAGAACUGUCAAAUUGUAUUGACUCCUUGUUCUCCAAACCCUUGUGAGAAUGCUGGUAUUUGCAAAGAGGACUCCAAUUUUGAGAGUUACAGCUGUACGUGUGCUCCUGGCUGGCAAGGUCAGCAGUGUACAGUGGAUAUUGAUGAAUGUAUCUCCAAGCCCUGCCAGAACCAUGGUCUCUGCCAUAACACCCAAGGCAGCUACAUGUGUGAAUGUCCUGCCGGCUUCAGUGGUAUGGACUGUGAGGAAGACAUCAACGACUGUCUUGCCAAUCCUUGCCAGAAUGGAGGUUCUUGUGUGGACGGCGUGAAUACUUUCUCCUGCCACUGUCUUCCGGGUUUCACUGGAGAUAAAUGUCAGACAGACAUGAAUGAAUGUUUAAGUGAACCAUGUAAGAAUGGAGGAACCUGCUCUGACUACGUCAACAGUUACACUUGCAGGUGCCAGAUGGGGUUUGAUGGUGUCCACUGCGAGAAUAACAUCGAUGAAUGCACCGAGAGCUCCUGUUUCAAUGGCGGGACAUGCAUGGAUGGGGUUAAUUCCUUCUCUUGCCUGUGUCCCGUGGGCUUCACUGGCCCCUUCUGUCUCCACGAGAUCAAUGAGUGUGAUUCUCAGCCAUGUUUGCAUGGAGGAAUAUGUGUGGAUGGCCUGGGCACCUACAGCUGUACCUGCCCCUUGGGCUACACUGGGAAGAACUGCCAGACUCUGGUGAACCUCUGCAGUCGGUCUCCAUGUAAAAACAAAGGCACUUGUGUUCAGGAAAAGGCCAUGUCCUGGUGCAAGUGUCCUCCUGCGUGGACUGGAAUUUACUGUGAUGUGCCCAGAGUCUCCUGUGAGCUGGCAGCCGCCCACAAAGGGGUGCCUGUUGACCUCUUGUGCCAGAACUCUGGCCUCUGCACUUCUGUCGGCAACACUCACCGCUGCCAGUGUGCCGUGGGCUAUACGGGGAGCUACUGUGAAGAACAGUUGAAUGAGUGUGUGUCCAACCCCUGCAAGCACGGAGCCACCUGCAUCGACUUCGUCGGUGGAUACAGAUGCGAGUGUGUCUCAGGAUACCAGGGAGUUAACUGUGAAUAUGAAGUGGAUGAAUGCCAGCACCAGCCUUGCCAGAACGGAGGCACCUGCAUUGACCUUGUGAAUGACUUCAAGUGCUCUUGUCCACCUGGAACUCGGGGCCUGCUCUGUGAAGAGAACAUUGAUGACUGUGCCGGAGGUACUCACUGCCUUAAUGGUGGACAAUGCGUGGAUCGGAUUGGCGGCUACAGCUGUCACUGCUUGCCUGGCUUUGCUGGAGAGCGAUGUGAGGGAGACAUCAAUGAGUGUCUCUCCAGCCCUUGCAGCACCGAGGGAAGCCUGGAUUGCAUACAACUCACCAACGACUACAUGUGUGUGUGUCGCAAGGCCUUCACUGGUCGCCACUGUGAAACUUUCAUCGACGUGUGUCCCCAGAAGCCUUGCCUGAAUGGAGGGACUUGUGCUGUAGCCAGUAACAUGCCAGAUGGUUUUAUUUGUCGUUGUGCUCCAGGAUUCUCAGGGGCAAGAUGCCAGAGCAGAUGUGGACAAGUGAAGUGCAGAAGAGGGGAACAGUGUGUCUACACAGCAGCAGGACCCCGCUGCUUCUGCCCCAAUCCCCAGGACUGCGAAUCGGGCUGUGCUAGUAGCCCCUGCCAGAAUGGGGGUAGCUGCAGCCCUCAGCGCCACCCUCCCUAUUACUCUUGCCAGUGCCCACCGGCAUUCAGGGGCAGCCACUGUGAACACUAUGCUGCCCCCAACAACACCAACACCGGCCCUACCACCUGCCUGAGCCAGUAUUGUGCUGACAAAGCGAGAGAUGGUGUUUGCGACGAGCCCUGCAACAGCCACGCGUGCCAGUGGGACGGGGGUGACUGUUCCCUCACCAUGGAGAACCCGUGGGCCAACUGCUCCUCUCCCCUCCGCUGCUGGGACUACAUCAAUAACAAGUGUGACGAGCAGUGCAACACGGCCGAAUGCCUCUUUGACAACUUUGAAUGCCAGGGCAGCAGCAAGACAUGCAAGUAUGACAAAUACUGUGCAGACCACUUCAAAGACAACCAUUGUGACCAGGGAUGCAACAGUGAGGAGUGUGGCUGGGAUGGGCUGGACUGUGCUGCCGACCGGCCAGAGAACCUGGCCGAGGGCACCCUGGUGGUUGUGGUGUUGAUGCCUCCUGAACAGCUGCUACAGGAUGCUCGCAGCUUCUUGAGGGAGCUGGGCACCCUGCUUCAUACCAACCUGCGCUUUAAGCGGGACUCUCAAGGGGACAUCAUGGUGUAUCCCAUUUAUGAAAAAUCUGCUGCCUUCAAUAAGCGCAAGAUGGCCCGCAGGUCCCUUCCCAGUGAACCGGAACAGGAAGAGGUGGUUGCCUCUCAGGUAUAUCUGGAAAUCGACAAUCGACAAUGUGUGCAAGACUCCGAACAGUGCUUCAAGAACACAGAUGCAGCAGCAGCUCUUUUGGCUUCUCACGCCAUCCAGGGGACCCUGUCAUAUCCUCUCAUAUCUGUCGCCAGUGAAUCCUUGUCUCCAAAGAACCCUCAGUUUCUCUACCUGUUUGCUGUUGCUAUUGUUAUUAUACUAUUUAUCAUCCUGCUGGGAGUGAUCAUAGCAAAGCGGAAGCGGAAGCAUGGCUCCCUCUGGCUGCCCGAAGGUUUCACCCUUCGUCGAGACUCCAGCAAUCACAAGCGCCGUGAGCCUGUUGGGCAGGAUGCUGUGGGGCUGAAAAAUCUCUCAGUACAAGUCUCAGAAGCUAAUUUAAUCAGUUCUGGAACAAGUGAACAUUGGAUUGAUGAUGAAGGGCCUCAACCAAAGAAAGCCAAGGCUGAAGAUGAAGCUUUACUCACAGAAGAAGAUGACACCAUUGAUCGACGGCCCUGGACCCAGCAACACCUGGAAGCUGCAGAUAUCCGUAGGACGCCGUCACUGGCUCUCACUCCUCCACAGGCAGAGCAGGAGGUGGAUGUACUCGACGUGAAUGUCCGUGGCCCAGAUGGAUGCACCCCACUGAUGCUGGCUUCCCUACGAGGUGGCAGCUCAGAUCUGAGCGAUGAAGAUGAAGAUGCAGAGGAUUCUUCAGCCAACAUCAUCACAGACCUGGUCUACCAGGGGGCCAGUCUCCAGGCCCAGACAGACCGGACCGGUGAGAUGGCCCUGCAUCUUGCAGCUCGUUACUCCAGAGCAGAUGCUGCCAAACGCCUCCUUGAUGCAGGAGCAGAUGCCAAUGCCCAGGACAACAUGGGCCGCUGCCCUCUUCAUGCUGCAGUGGCUGCUGAUGCCCAAGGGGUCUUCCAGAUUCUGAUUCGUAACCGAGUAACUGACCUUGAUGCCAGGAUGAAUGAUGGCACCACGCCCCUGAUCUUGGCUGCUCGCCUGGCUGUAGAGGGAAUGGUAGCAGAACUGAUCAACUGCCAAGCAGAUGUUAAUGCAGUGGAUGACCAUGGAAAAUCUGCUCUUCACUGGGCAGCAGCUGUCAAUAAUGUGGAAGCAACCCUUUUGCUGUUGAAAAAUGGGGCCAACCGGGACAUGCAAGACAAUAAGGAAGAGACACCUCUAUUUCUUGCUGCCCGGGAAGGGAGCUAUGAAGCAGCCAAAAUCCUGUUGGACCACUUUGCAAAUCGAGACAUCACAGACCACAUGGAUCGCCUUCCCCGGGAUGUGGCUCGGGACCGCAUGCACCAUGAUAUUGUGCGUCUCUUGGAUGAGUAUAAUGUGACACCUAGCCCGCCAGGCAGUGUGCUGACUUCUGCCCUCUCUCCAGUCAUCUGUGGGCCCAACAGAUCUUUCCUCAGUCUGAAGCAUACCCCACUGGGCAAGAAGCCAAGGAGACCCAAUGCCAAGAGUGCCAUGCCCACUAGCCUCCCUAACCUUGCCAAGGAGGCCAAAGAUGUCAAAGGUGGCCGAAGGAAAAAGUCUCUGAGCGACAAGGGCCAGCUGUCUGAGAGUUCAGUGACUUUAUCCCCUGUGGAUUCCUUAGAGUCCCCUCAUACCUAUGUUUCCGACACCACCUCUUCCCCCAUGAUUACAUCGCCUGGAAUCUUACAGGCUUCACCCACCCCUAUGAUGGCGACUGCCGCCCCUCCCGCCCAAGUGCAUACUCAGCAUGCUCUGUCUUUCUCUAACCUUCAUGAGAUGCAACCUUUGGCUCAUGGAGCCAGUACUGUGCUUCCAUCAGUGAGCCAGUUGCUAUCCCAUCACCAUAUCGUUCCUCCAGGCGGCAGCGGUGUGGGAAGCUUGGGGAGACUCCAUCCGGUCACUGUUCCGACAGACUGGAUGAAUCACUUGGAGAUGAAUGAGUCACAAUACAAUGAGAUGUUUAGCAUGGUCUUGGCUCCUACUGAGGGCACUCACCCUGCCAUAGCGCCCCAAAGCAGGCCACCUGAAGGGAAGCAUAUUCCAAAUCAACGAGAGCCCUUGCCCCCCAUUGUGACUUUCCAGCUAAUCCCCAAAGGCAGUAUUGCCCAACCAGCUGGAACACCCCAGCCUCAGUCCAACUGCCCUCCCACUGUUUCAGGCCCCCUUCCCACCAUGUACCAGAUUCCAGAAAUGGCUCGUUUGCCCAGCAUGGCUUUUCCCACGGCCAUGAUGUCUCAGCAAGAUGGGCAGGUGUCACAGACCAUCCUUCCAGCCUAUCAUUCUUUUCCCACCUCAGUGGGCAAGUAUCCUACACCCCCUUCUCAGCAUAGUUAUGCUUCUUCGAAUGCUGCCGAGCGAACACCUAGCCACAGCGGUCCGCUCCAGGGCGAGCAUCCCUACCUGACACCAUCCCCAGAGUCUCCUGACCAGUGGUCAAGUUCUUCACCCCACUCUGCUUCUGACUGGUCAGAUGUGACCACCAGCCCUACUCCCGGGGGUGCCAGCAGAGGUCAGCGGGGACCCGGAACACACAUGUCUGAGCCAGCACGCAGCAACAUGCAGGUGUAUGCAUAAAAGAGUAUCUCCAGCCCAUGGAUGGAACUGCCUAUUGUAAAUGCUGCUGAGGAACACAUGAAGGUCAUCCGGGAGAGAAUGAAGAAAUCUGUGAAGUCAACUUCUGGAGUCAGGAAAGUGGAGAACUUACCAUUUAGGUACUGCUCAGAAGUGAUCUAUCUCAUCAGCAUCGCUGGGUAUCUGCAGGGCUUUCAAAGGGAGGGACGUGACACCUCCUACUCUCUUUCCCACCGAGCCAAGCUGACAGCCCUGCAAGAUGACUGUAAGGCUUGGGACCAUGUUUACUGCCUCCUGCUUGGAGACCGGGAUGGAUGCCUGUUGCUGCCCAGACAUUCUUGCAUCUUUGAACUGUGUUUUAGGCACCAGGGCCUCCUGCCAUAUCACUGAGAAGGUACUAGAAUCUUCUUGGGGACUGUGCCCUGGGAUUCUGCUGGAAUCUAGCUCAGCUUUUCUCUCUUGGAAAUUCAUUUGUCUUUGGUGUGUUAAUUUUUGCACCUGUCUGUAAUGGCCACCUCCAUGACCGUAGUAAAGGGCAUAGCCCAUGUGCUUUGAAUCAUUCCCUUUUGGAACACACCUUGAGCCACCUGUCCCCCAAAUUUCCCAGUGUUCCUCAGUUUAUAGGGUUCACUUUGGUUCUGGCUCUCUUCCUAAAU